CCUCUGCCACACGGCCUACUGCAAAAACAGCGGCAUCUGCACUCACAACCAGGGCCAGGGGCCCAUGUGCCAGUGUCCCGUGGGCAGUGAUUAUUGGUUCAUGGGCCCCCAGUGUGACCACAGAAUGACCAAGCAGAUCCUGAUAGCCAUUGCGUUCGGCAUCGUGUUCGCUCUGCUGGUCGUGCUGGCGGCUGUGGCCAUCGCAGUCCUGAGAAGGUUCAAGGUCGUGUUGAAUGAGGCGAAAAUGGAUCAGACCAGAAGCAGUUACAAGCGCUUCAGUCGCUUUGAUGAUUUCUCCAAUCAAUACCGGUCCGAAUCCUGGCUCAACUUCUCUGUGAAUUCUUUGGACAACCCUGGCUUCAGUAACUCAGACGAAUUGAUCCAUCUGCAGAUUUUGGACACCAGUUUUUACUCUUGCCAUGAAGAAUCAGUGACUGGGACAUACAGCAGCCAGAGGACUGGCCAUCAUGGUCAACCAGCUUUCAGACACAGUUUACAAAACCUGGAUGUUAGUAUCAGCAGCAUCAACGAGCACACAGGAGACUCGGGGAAAGCCAGCGAUAUGUCGGUCUGCAGCUGGCCUGUUGAACCCUUCCAGUGGUCACCAUUCCCAAUACUGUACCAACUCGGCAGGGACAGGCCGUUCAAAGCCAGAAGACCACACUCAUACUGUGAAGGGAUGGAACUUGUGAGCAUGGAAAGAAACUGGACGGCCUAAAUAGCAAUAGAAAACAUUCAGAAAAAUCAUCAC